UGGAAACCGAUAGAUUUACCCAGGCAUCACUCAGUUGUAGAAAAUGUUCCACAAGCAAUACAUCGUCGUUUUUUGGCUGUUGGUUUUGGUUGCUGCCGGGACCAAGGCGUCACAAGACUUUCGUAGUUACGGGCAUAAAAGGCAUCCCACUCUGGACAAUCAUUGUUACUAUGAGGAUCAUAACCUAACCAUUAAAGUCAAUGAGACUAUAUUCCCCACAAACAUUGAACAUUAUUGCUACAAAAUGUUUUGUCGUAGAUUUGAAGAUGAUUAUGUGGUAGAUGCCUCGUACUGUCCUCGAGGUGCUCCGGUUUGUGGUAAACCCGACUACUCUAAGCCAUUUCCAGAAUGUUGUAGCAUUUGUAAAUGACAAAAGGUUCAAAGAAAUUCAUAACAAAAAAUUAAAGCAAUAAGUCUUUUCAAUAAGAAGGCUGAAAUAAAUGUAAAGAAACCAGAAGGUAUUUCUGUAAAAAAUCA